AUGAUGCCAUCCCCAGAGGCGCCGUUUUGGCGUGACUCCUGUGUGACUCCUGUGUGAUGUAAGCAAAAUGGCUGCCGUGGCCCCAUCCCUGAGGUGCCAAGUUGGCCUGACUGCAAAAUGGCGUCACCGAAAUGGCUGCUGCGUGUCCACCGCAGAGGCAUGAGGAGUCGUACUACCAGCCGCGGACACUGGAGAAACAUGCUGACAGCAUCCUGGCCUUGGCAUCAGUGCUCUGGUCUAUUUCCUAUUACACUUCCCCCCUGGCUAUGUUCUACUUGUACCGAAAAGGAUACCUGACUAUGUCGAAGGUGGUUCCUUUCUCACACUACGUUGGGACCAUGCUGCUCCUUUUGGCCGGGGUCGCCUGCCUGAGAGGCAUCGGGCGCUGGACCAACCCUCAGUACAUCCAGUUCAUCACCAUCCUGGAAGAUAGCCACCGCAUCGGCACCCCAGAAAUCAAGAAGAAACUCGCCAGCUACAACUUCGACUUCAGGAGCUGGCCCGUGGACUUCCGCUGGGACGAGGUCACUAGCCGGUCGGACUCCCGGGGCAUCUCGCUGCUGCGGCCGGAGCCCAAACACCGGAGCGCGGCCAACGGCUUCCUCCACGCCAUCAAGAAGCUGCCCUGCCAGAUCGCCAGCUACAUCGUGGCGCACACGUUCGGGCGCAGGAUGCUGUAUCCCGGCUCCGUCUACCUGCUGCAGAAAGCCGUCAUGCCCAUGCUGCUGCAGGGCCAGGCCCGCCUGGUGGAGGAGUACAAUGGGAAACGAGCCAAGCUGUUAGCCUGUGACGGCAACGAGAUUGACACGAUGUUCGUGGACCGUCGGGAAAGCUCUGAGCCCCACGGCAAGAAACUGGUGAUCUGUUGUGAAGGCAACGCUGGAUUCUAUGAGGUCGGCUGCCUGCCUACCCCCCUGGAUGCCGGCUACUCGGUGCUCGGAUGGAACCACCCCGGCUUUGCUGGCAGCACGGUGAGUCCCAGGCUCCCAGCCUCUGGCUGCAUCUAUCGCUCGUUAGUGACGAUGCAACAGACAGUCACUGUUGCAACUGAUGUUCUACAUUGCACCUGCCUGAACCUGCAUGUCCUAGGAGGGCUGGUCACCAGGACGGUGAGGCAAUACCUGAACUUGAACAACGGCGAGCAGCUUUGCAGAUAUCAGGGACCCGUGUUGCUGGUCAGAAGAACGAAGGAUGAAAUUAUCACAACCACAGUCCCGGAAGAUAUCAUGUCAAACAGGGGGAAUGACCUGCUGCUGAAACUCCUCCAGCACCGGUACCCCAAGGCGAUGGCCGAGGAGGGGGUGCAAGUCGUUCGGGAAUGGCUAGAGGCUUCUAAUGCUGUGGAGGAAGCCUCCGUGUACAGCUCCUACGAGGUGGACGAGGACUGGUGCCUGUCCGUGCUGAGCUCCUACCAGGCCGAGCAUGGCGGCCGCUUCCCAUGGAGUGUGGGGGAGGACAUGAUGCCCGAGGGGCAACGGCAGCUGGCCCUGUUCUUGGCCCGGAAGCACCUGCAGAACUUCGAGGCAACGCACUGCACCCCACUGCCCCCCCCAGCCUUCCGUUUGCCCUGGCACUUGUAGCCGGGGGGCCCCCCAUCAUGCCCAUCGAUUGCACUGACACCCCCCUCCCCCCGUCAGUCUGUUUUAUAUGGAGCCGGGUGCCCCCCUCCCUGCUAUGUUUGAGCCCCCCCUGCACGCUGUAAAUCCGCCCCCACCCCCAAACCUGGGGGCCCCCCGAGCUGGAGAAACUAACAGUAAAGAAGGUAUUUUUUGUA